ACUGUGACGUUCAAACAAAUUCCACCUUUUUCUCGGCAAAAUCUCGUCUCAUAUAUCUUAGCCCUUUGUUUUCUCUCGAGAAGAUUGUUAUAAGUUUCGCUGUAUGCAAGUCCUUGUUUACUACUCUCGAGAAGUUGAAAAAGAAAAAUUCUUGUUUUUGUGUGGUGGGUACCUUGUGGGGAAUUGUUUGCAAGCUUUGAUCCACUGAACUGAGAAGACUAUAAAAGUAUUUCGGAAAUUGGGUUUGUGUCCAUAUGAAGUCCACUAUGGCUCAGGCUCAGAGUAAUUGGGAAGCUGAUAAAAUGCUUGACGUUUAUAUUCAUGAUUAUUUUGUGAAAAGAAAAUUACUUGUCACUGCAAAAGCUUUUAUGCAAGAAGGAAAAGUUUCCACAGAUCCCGUAGCAAUUGAUGCACCUGGGGGAUUUCUUUAUGAGUGGUGGUCUGUCUUUUGGGACAUAUUCAUCUCAAGGACAAAUGAGAAACAUUCUGAGCCUGCUGCAGCUUACAUUGAGACCCAGCAAACGAAGGCCAGAGAACAACAAUUUCAAAUGCAGCAAUUGCAACUAAUGCAACAGCGCAGUGCACAGUUUCAGCGAAGAGAUCCUAAUCACCCUGCACUUGGUGGUUCCUUAAAUGGCAUGAACUCUGAAGGAAUGCUGGGACAGCCGCCAGCUACUGUUUUGGCCAUGAAAAUGUAUGAAGAACGAAUGAAACACCCUCAUUCAAUGGAUUCAGAGGCAUCUCCAACUCUUAUUGAUGCCAAUAGGAUGGCCCUUCUCAAAUCAGCAACAAGUCAUCAAGGUCAGUUGGUUCAUGGUAAUUCAGGGAAUAUGUCUACUGCAUUGCAGCAAAUUCAGGGGAGGACUCCUUUGACCACUGACAUCAAAGGAGAAGUUAACAUAGGUGCCACUCCAAAGAGUUUGCCUAUGGAUGCAUCAGUUUAUCGACAAGCAAUUUUACAAUCAAAGUCUGGGCUAGGCAGUCCAGGAUUAAAUCAAGGAGUUACAAGUCUUCCACUGAAGGGCUGGCCUCUAACUGGAAUUGAUCAACUAAGACCUAGUUUGGGUGUACAAGUUCAGAAGCCUAAUUUGACAACCCAAAACCAAUAUCUUUUGGCAUCACAACAACAACAGGUCUUGGCACAGGCUCAGGCACAAAAUAACCUUGGAAAUUCUACUAAUUAUGGUGAUAUGGAUCCACGCAGACUUUGUGGUCUUCCUCGAGGUAGUUUAAGUGCAAAGGAUGGUCAGUCUACCAGGAAUGAUGGAUCUAUUUGCUCCCAAAUACAGUCAGGUUCACCUAAGCAGAUGAAGAUGACCCAGUCGCAACAUUCAUUAUCUCAGCAGCAGGAGCAAUUGCAGCAGCAGCAACUGCAGCAGAAUACCAGAAAAAGAAAACAACAUUCUUCUUCUGGAGCUGCCAAUAGCACUGGUACUGGAAACACUGUGGGUCCUUCACCUAGUUCACCACCAUCGACGCACACACCUGGUGAUGGAUUAAAUACAACAAGCAGCAUGCAGCAUGUUAACAGUGUGCAAAAGAACAUUAUGAUGUAUGGUACAGAGGCAACAGGAGGCCUUGCAUCAUCGGCAAAUUUGCUGCAGGAGGACAUGGAACGAUUUGGAGAUGUUGGUGCUUUAGAUGAUAAUGUGGAAUCCUUUCUAUCAAAUGAUGGAGGAGAUGGUGGGAAUCUCUAUGGAACAAUAAAACAGAGUCCGGCUGAGCAACAAAAAGAGUCUUCAAAAGGCUUCACCUUUGCUGAAUUUAGUUGCAUAAGGACAAGGAACAGCACAGUUACUUGCUGUCACUUUUCCUCAGAUGGAAAGUUGCUUGCCAGUGCUGGAGAUGAUAUGAAGGUUGUCCUCUGGAACAUGGACACUUUACAGACAGAGAGCACUCCUGAAGAACACAAAUCAGCUAUUUCAGAUGUCCGUUUUAGACCAAAUUCAUCUCAGUUUGCGACAGCCUCAUUUGAUAAAUCUGUGCGGUUAUGGGAUGCAGCCAAUCCAAGCUAUUGUGUGCAAGAAUAUAGUGGGCACAGUUCAGCUGUAAGGUCUCUUGAUUUCCACCCUAAGAAGACUGAUCUUUUCUGCUUCUGCGAUAGUGAAAAUGAAAUUCGGUAUUGGAACAUUACUUCAUCCUCCUGCACCCAUAUAUUAAAGGGAGGUAGAGCACAAGUGAGAUUUCAGCCUAGACUGGGACAUGUACUGGCAGCAGCUUCUGAUAAAGUAGUUUCGAUUUUUGAUGUUGAAACUGACAGACAAAUUUACUCACUCCAGGGUCAUCCUGAUCCGGUGAACUAUAUUUGCUGGGAUGCGAAUGGAGAUCACUUGACAUCUGUGAGUCAAAGUAUGGUGAAGAUUUGGAGGUUGGCUUCAGGAGAAUGCAUUAAGGAGCUGAGCUCCAGCGAGAACCAGUUUUAUUCCUGUGUUUUUCAUCCAAGUUAUUCAUCUUUAUUGGUGAUUGGAGGGAUAUCGUCCUUAGAGCUGUGGAACAUAGCUGAGAACAGAAGCAUGACAAUUUCUGCACACGAGAAUAUAAUAUCUGCUUUGGCUCAGUCUCCUGUCACUGGAAUGGUUGCCUCUGCUAGUCAUGACAGCUGCGUAAAGUUGUGGAAAUAAAUUUCAGAUUUUUAGGUUCUAAUAUUAUAUUCUUUUGAGUCACUUUAUUCUAAAAGAAUUCAGAGAUCUAUAUUGUAAGCAAAAAGGGGAUCUCUGAACUUUGUUUGCAAUAAUGUAUACUAGACUACAAUUACAUAAUAAAAUUUUGUAUUAUAUUUAUAGUCUUAAGUACUGCAACUUAGGUAUUGCACUAAUUUGCAAUGCUAUUGUCAUUUGUGUCUUAUUGUAUAUUUAAUUUGGAUCAUCAAAGUACUAAUGUUAUAAC